AUGUCAUCACUGGUUGGUGUCAUUGAUUUGGCAUCAGUUCUGUUGCAAUGCUUCGCUCUAAUACUGAUCGGCUAUAUCUCCGGUCGUUUAGAGCUGAUCCCAGUGUCGGACACAGGGCUGAGCUCUUUCGUGUCCUGCUAUGCAUUGCCGGCCCUUAUCUUCCAGUCUUUGGCCACAUCUGACUUAUCACACAUUGACUGGAAUUUUGUGGUCAGUCUUCUCAUAUCGAAGACAAUAAUAUUCUUAUCAGUGGUCAUCAUAACUGCAAUCCUCACCAAACCUACUAAUUUGGGCAAAUCUGGUCUUUUCGGCAUUUUCUGCACCCAAUCAAAUGACUUCGCAUUGGGUUAUCCUCUCUUGACCUCUCUUUACGCCAAAUCCAACCCACAGUUUGCCGGAUAUCUCUAUGUCUUAGCGCCCAUUCAAUUGGUUUUAUUGAAUCCGAUGGGUCUUCUGCUCAUAGAAACCGACAAACAGUGCCGAAGACAACGACUGCAACUCAACAACUGUUCCGUCAUUUUGCUGAAAGUGUUGAAACAAAUCAUUAAGAAUCCGAUUAUAGUUAUGACGGUUUUGGGAAUCCUUUGGAACCGAAUGUUCAAUCAUACCAUACCUGAGCUCUUAGUGCCUCUCCUCCAAGUCCUCUCCAACUCCUUCUCUGCCACCGCUCUCUUCCUAUUGGGCUCACAACUGGUCGGCAAACUCAAGAUAUUCACCACUUCCUCGUAUAUACUACUGGUAUCGUUAGUAUUGGUGAUGACAAAGAUUCUCAUUCUUCCGCUUCUAAAUCGUGUGAUUAUUCAAAAUCUAAUGGACUCUCAAAAUAAUCAAACGUUAGAAUUAAGUAAUUUUGGAUUUCUUUACGGAACGUUCCCCUCAGCGCCGACAGCAUUUAUAUUUGCACUUCAAUACGACUCCGGCAUACCAUCAACCAUACUGUCCACUGGAAUGGUUAUGUCAACUGUUUUGUCAGCGCCUCUGAUGUUUGUUUCGGCGAAUAUGAUAAGAAUGUCGGCCAAUGAGAGCCUUCCCUUCAGUGCAUUUCACAGCGAUUUGGGACAAACCAUGUCUUACUCGGGACUUAUGAGUGUGUUCUGUGUGUUGUGGACACUCAGUGUACUGCUCUGUGGCCACAAAUGGCGAAGUCUCACCCAUAAGUGCACCAUAGCUUUGGGUGUCUCCCAACUUAUGGCAGGAAUGGGAGGCUAUUUGUGGCAAUUCAUGGAUAGCUCCGCAUCUUUGAAGGGAUAUUAUUUGAUUCAUCACUUGCAAUAUCGUGAGCACAUGGAAGAGGCCAACGAAAUGACUCCUCUUAUAGGCGGCGACACGAAUGGACACCAUAUGAAUGAAUGUGUUUCAGACUUUCAUCAACUCUCGCAACAUAUGUUUCUUUUGCUGACACUUUUGCCCUCAAUGUUAAUCGGAUUAACCGUUUCGAUCGGCAAACUUGUGACAGAGAGACCGACCGGAAUAUUCAUAGAAUUGGAAUUUCUCGAUAUAUUACUCAAUUACGGACAGGGAGUCAUCACAUUUCUUAUCUUCGGUCUCGAUAUGACUCCCGUUUUCUAUAGAAUCAGAAACCUAUACUCUGGUCGACACGACAACCCUUGUAUUGUUUUGCCCCCAUUAGAGGCUCUGAGACCCGCUACUAAAGAAAUAUUAGAAACGGUUUGUGAGAAACAAAAGUUGGAUUCAAAAGAUUACGAAUUAUCUCGAAAUAACAAACCCGUGGACUUGAGUCUAACCAUCCGAUUUGCAAACAUCCCAAACAAUGGACAGUUAGACUUAAGAGUGUCAACCGUUCAGAGAUGUGACGAGAAAGUAACGAUUGCUAUCGAUUUGGAAACCGGUGAACGAAAAAUUGAAGAAUUUGAAUCAAAUGACAACUUAUGGCAUAUUAUUCAUAAGGUCUUUGAAGGCAAUCCUAUCUUAAAUGUCGACACAAAUAUGGAUUUGUGUGUAAUAUAUAUGCGAAAAGAGAUAUUAGGAGAAACUGAGUUAAAGAAAACAAAUUUGAAAGGUUUGGGUUUAUUUCGAGGGAAAGCCGUCAUGAGAUUAGUUGUGAGAGCUGUGGAGUCACCCAAAGAGAACCCAUUUGUUGAAUCACUAAUAUUACGAAAACCGGAUGCUUUGAGCAAAAGACUUUCAAAUUGUGAGACCAACUCAACGCCACAGCAAAUGAUUGCCGCAUCUAUGCCUCCGCCACAGUCAUCAUCACAUUCACCACCAGAACAACACAUAGAACCCGAACAGGAGAUAAUCUAUGACAGAAAAGUGUCAGAAAACAAGUAUUCUUUAGCCAAUGAAACGAAAGGCAUUGAAGAAGACAAUUGUCAACAAAUGGAAGCGGAAUCUGAAGAGAGUUGCGAUGAAGGCCCUGAAAUCCUUAAUUAUUUGGGAGACAAUAAUGAGGGCAUUUUUAUCUCAAUCUCUGAUUUGCCAAAAGUGAUGAAAAUUGAUUAUCCGGACAACUUCUAUGAGACUACCCAAGAUGAUUUGGUCACUGUUCUCAAAGGACUUCGACAACAACAAGGCGAGAGAAUGAUGGAAACGAAACAAAUGAGAGAACAACGAAAGAGGAAUGAAAUGCUUAGAUAUAAGUCCACUGUUGUCCGCAUCUGCUUUGGAAAUGAUAAACUCAUAUUUCAGGCCAUUUUUAAGCCAACUGACACCGUGGACACUGUUAUGCGGACAGUUAGCAGUUAUGUGAUACCCAAUCAAUUCUAUUUAUAUACAACUCCACCCAAACAUGAAUUGAAUGCCGGAUCGACACUAUUUGAUAGUAAUUUAGUUCCUGCGGCUGUCGUACAAUUUGGAUCUAAAUCUUGUAAACCCGAGGAUAAAAUGAUUAGACAUGAGUUUUUGGACAAAAUCAGUUCAUACAAAUCGGCCGCAAAGAUAGCAUUGAAUUCGCGAAAGCCUGUGAAAGCAAGCGGUGCUGAUGUUCGCGGCAGUUCACAAGAAAAGCCACAACUCUCGGGUCCGAAAGUCCCGAAAUGUUCUGAUGUGAAGAGUCCGGGUCUCAUAUUUCAGGCCAUUUUUAAGCCAACUGACACCGUGGACACUGUUAUGCGGACAGUUAGCAGUUAUGUGAUACCCAAUCAAUUCUAUUUAUAUACAACUCCACCCAAACAUGAAUUGAAUGCCGAAUCGACACUAUUUGAUAGUAAUUUAGUUCCUGCGGCUGUCGUACAAUUUGGAUCUAAAUCUUGUAAACCCGAUGAUAAAAUGAUUAGACAUGAGUUUUUGGACAAAAUCAGUUCAUACAAAUCGGCCGCAAAGAUAGCAUUGAAUUCGCGAAAGCCUGUGAAAGCAAGCGAUGCUGAUGUGAGCGGCAGUUCACAAGAAAAGCCACAACUCUCGGGUCCAAAAGACCCGAAAGUCCCGAAAUGGUUUAAAACCAAUAAAUAA